GGGCACUGCGGCUGUGGCUGUGCUGCUGUGCGGAGCCCUCAGUGCUUGCAGCUGACACGUGCCUCUGGCAGCCAUGAACUGGUUCAGCUUCCUCGUCCUGCUGACUGUGGUCGGGCUGGCACACGGGACAUGGGACAACUGCGGAGGGACCUGCGGACUCCGAGCUGUGGUGUCUGACUACGGCCUCAUGACGUACUACUACGGUGACAUGGCUUAUGACUCUGGCAUGACACGCAUCGUGGGUGGCGCCGGUGCCCUGCCAGGGGCCUGGCCCUGGAUUGUCAGCAUCCAGCACCCCUGGGUACCAGACCCAGGGCAUUGGUGUGGAGGGUCACUCAUCAGCACACAGUGGGUCCUCACAGCAGCCCACUGCUUCGACAAGUUUGAUAACAUCAGCCUGCUGUACGUGGUGAUUGGGGCCACCCAGUUGACUCAGUCAGGCCAUGGGGCACAAAUGCGCAGUGUCAAGCAGGUGCUGAUACACCAGUACUACAAUCCUGCUGACAUGAGCUACGACAUUGCCCUGCUGGAGUUGGACCAUCCUGUCAAGUGCAGCCCCUACAUUCAGCUGGCCUGUGUGGCUGACCCCACCCUAAGAGUCUCAGAGCUGCAAAACUGCUGGAUUGCUGGCUGGGGUGCCACUACUGCAAGAUCUCAACAAGCAAGUGAUCACUUGCAGGAGGCCAAGGUCCAGCUCAUCGAUGUCCAGCUCUGCAACAGCAGUGACUGGUAUGCAGGGGAAAUCCAUACCCACAACUUGUGUGCUGGUUACCCGCAGGGCUUCAUCGACACCUGCCAGGGUGACAGCGGUGGCCCUCUCAUGUGCCAGGACAACAAUGCUGACUACUGGUGGAUUGUCGGAGUGACCAGCUGGGGAAAAGGCUGUGCCAGAGCAAAGCAGCCUGGAGUCUACAUCUCCACUCAGCACUUCUAUGACUGGAUCCUGGUCCAUACAGGCACAAACACACUUGGAAGGGGUUCUCCAACAUCAAAAACCUGGAGUCAUUUUGUGACGGCUCACCUACCAACUCGCCCCCUUCCCACUCUUAAGCCAUGGCCAACACGACCCCUUCCCACUCAUAAGCCAUGGCCAACACGACCCCCCACUCCUAACCUAUGGCCAACACGACCCCCCACUCCUAACCCAUGGCCAACACGACCCCCCACUCCUAACCCAUGGCCAACACCCCUUCCCACUCAUAAGCCAUGGCCAACACCACCUCCCACUCAUAAGCCAUGGCCAACACCACCUCCCACUCCUAAGCCAUGGCCAACACCACUUCCCACUUCUAAGCCAUGGCCAACACCACCUCCCACUCCUAAGCCAUGGCCAACACAACCCCCUAUUUAUAAUCCAUUGCCUACACCAAUCCCUUCUCAAAAGCCUUGGCCAACAGCACCCCCCACUCCAAAGCCAACACCAUUGGGUGAGGUUAGCUCCUGCCCAUUUCCACUCAACAAGCUGGUAGACUUCUUUACUAAGGUGAAGAAGCUCCUUCAUGAAGUCCUUGGACAAACCACAGCUUGA